AUGAAGGUCAUAUUACUUUGUUUGGCCUUUGCGGCUGUGAGCUUGGCCAUGCCUGUUGCGGAACAAGAGGCACCCGCUGCGUCCCCCGCAGUACCUGAGGUCAAGGCUGAAGAAGUAAAGCCUGCAGUUGAAGCACAGCCCAACCCUAUUGAAAACAAACCGGAGUCUGUCCCAGAAGUAAAAGCCGCUGAAAAACCAGCUGAACCAGAAGUUAAAAGUGCACCAGUAGAGGAAGUACCAAAGGUCAUUGCUGAACCACAAGCUGACGUUGUUUCAGAAGAUAAAAAACCAGAUGUUCCUGAGGUUAAAGCAGUAGCUGUCGAAGACCCAGUGGUAGAAUCAAAACCAGAAGAGAAACCAGCAGUAGAUGCUAAACCAGAAGAACCAAUCCAACCAGAAGUUAAAUCAGCUCCUGCUGAAGAAGUGAAGCCAGAAGUUGCAGACGCCAAAGUUGAAGAAGCCAAAGUAGAAGAGGUGGUUGCUGAACCUGCCGCCAAAUCUGACAUCGCUGAACCCAGUAUUGAUGUUGUAAGCGCAGUUAAAAAUGAUGCUGCUGUAGCUGAUGAUGUUAUGGACCCCACAGCUAUUAACCCUAUUUCUGAAUCUCAGCCUGUCGUUUCCCCUAAAAGCGCAAUUCCCGAAGAAAGCAAACCAGCUGUUGAAGAAGCUGCCGCAAAAAGCAGCAAUGCUGAGGAAGAAAAGCCCGUUGAAGUGAAAGCCGAAAAUAAGGAAGCUGAAGCAGCUGCUCCAGCUGAGGCUGCUCCUGCGGCUAAAGCAGCCGUAGCUGAUGAACUUCGCGUAGUUCGUGACGCUGAAGAAGCCAAACCAGAAGAAGCACCAAAAGAAGAGGUUAAAUCAGUAGCUGAGGUUGCCAAGGUUGAAGACAAGCCGGUUGAACCUUUAAAAUCUGAAGAGGUUAAGUCCGCUGAGGAGAAGGAACAAAAGUCGAUCGAGGCAGUUGAAUCCAGUGACGUCAGCAAGGAUGGCAAAUCAGUUGAAGUUCCAAAAAGCCCAGAACAGGUUGUGCCCGCUGAGUCGGUUGUAGAUGUGAAACCUGAUGUCAAAUCCGACGAAAAGGCUCUCGGCGAUGCCCCAGCUAAGGAAUCCGACGAAAGCAACGAGAGCUCGGACAAGAAUGACAGCGCAGAAUCCUCAGAAGAAAGCGGAGAGAAGGAGAAACAGGCGAAAUCCUAG